AUGAGCCUCCGAGCCAGAGUCAACGGCCACUCCAACGGCGAAACCAUCGAUAAGCAAGAAAAGGAGACAACCACUUUCAACGAUGGCCAAUCUGAAGAAUUCGAGUUUGGCGGCUCUCUUGGCGCCCUCGGACUCAUGAUUGGAUUCCCCAUCCUCAUGUGGUACAUGUGGAUUGGUGCAACGUCUUACAAUGGCAAACUGCCCUUGCCCAAGGAAAACGAGACCUGGGCCGAAUUCGCUCGCCAUCUCGUCAACCUCGUCUACGAGGGCGCCUUUCCUACCGCCAAAGCAUGGGCCAUCUACUGGGUAUUCUUUGUCGUCGAAAUGCUCAUGUACUGCUAUAUGCCUGGUGUGUCCAUGCAGGGACGGCCCUUGCCACACGAGAACUUCAAGCGUUUGCCGUACUUUUGCUCGGCGUAUACCAGCUUCUACGCCACUAUUGUCAUUGUCGCCGUCCUGCAUUUCACAGACGUCUUUCCCCUGUAUACUGUUGUGGAUGAGUUUGGUUCCAUCAUGACGGUAGCUAUUCUGUCCGGGUUCAUCAAUAGCUUCAUCGUGUACUUUCAGGCCAUUAUUCGCAAUAACACGCACCGGCUUACAGGACACCCCAUCUACGAUUUCUUCAUGGGCGCAGAGCUGAAUCCUCGCAUCGGCAUCCUCGACUUUAAGAUGUUUUAUGAAGUUCGCAUCCCGUGGUUUAUUCUGUUUCUGAUCUCGUGCGGCACGGCGGCGAAGCAAUACGACACGUAUGGAUACGUCUCUGCAGAAGUGCUGUUUCUCGUCAUGGCACACUAUCUCUACGCCAACGCAUGCGCCAAGGGAGAAGAGCUCAUCACCUCGAGCUGGGACAUGUACUUUGAGAAGCUGGGCUUCAUGCUCACGUUUUGGAACAUGGCCGGCGUGCCGUUUAGCUACUGCCACUGCGCAAUCUACUUUGCCAACCACCACCCCUCCGAGUACCGCUGGAACCGAUACACUCUGGCGGCCCUCGUCGUUAUCUACCUCUUCAUGUACUGGAUGUGGGACACGUCCAACAGUCAGAAGAACGCGUUCCGUCAGAUGGAGCGUCAGGGCAAGCUGACCAAGCGCAAUACCUUCCCCCAACUUCCUUGGCAAAUUGUCAGGAACCCUCGAACUCUGGAAACGCAGGCCGGCGAGCGCAUCUUGAUUGACGGCUGGUUUGGUAUAAUUAGAAAGCCAAACUAUGUGCCGGACAUGUUCUUUUCAUUCUCGUGGGGAUUGAUUACCGGCUUCAAGAGCCCAUUCCCCUGGUUUUACUCGGUCUUCUUCAUGGUCAUGAUUAUCCACCGUGCUACGAGGGAUAUCGAGCGGUGCCGACGCAAGUAUGGUGAUGCCUGGAAGCAGUAUGAGAAGGAAGUGCCUUACCUCUUCAUCCCGUAUGUCAUCUAA